AAAUCCUUCCAAACUCUUCUUUGGACCCAACAGCCUCCCCCUCUUUCCCUAACCCGAAUUAAAUAAAUACUCCAAACGUAUACCCGUUACCGAAGCCCUUUGGACUUCGAUCUCCAUUUUUCUCUCUUGCUUGAUCAAAACAAAAGUAGAAACACGAAAAUAAUGUUCUUGUUCUCCCAACUCGGGUAAUGGAACUCACUGAUUCUAGCGAGUUAACCUCUCGCUCUCCCCUUGGUAUCGAUCUCAAUGAGAUCCCUUCCACUUCCUCCCCACCUUCCAUAGCUGUAUCCAUAUCCGUAUCCGAACCCGUACGCACACCCGCUCCAACUCAGCCUGUACUGCCCAACCCUGAGCCUCUUGAGCUCGAGUCUCUUGAUGUCGUCCGCUCUUUCCACGAAAACCAGGACCCGCCGUGCGGAAUAGCUGCCGGAUUGCCUGGGGAGGAGGGGCUGCCUACCUGCGGGGCCUGCGGCAAGCCGGAGGUGCGAGGGCAUGUGGUUGUAUGCGACGGUUGUGAGCGCGGGUUUCAUAUAUCAUGUGCAGGAAUGCACGGAAGGCAAGCUAUGAAUUUGGUGGAUUGGAUAUGUGGAGAGUGCGUGAGCGGUGGUGUUAAGAGUAAACGAUGGCCUUUAGGUGUUAAGAGUAAGCGGAUUUUGGAUAUCAAUGCUUCGCCGCCAAGCGACUGCGACGGCGAUGGGGAGAGCUCUGAGGAGCGGGUCAAUUUGAGAAAGCACACUCUGGUUGGUAAUUCUUCUAGUGGAGAUGCAUUUGUUGCUCCAGUGACAUAUUCUAAGCUUUUGUAUGCGGGAAAUGGAUUUGGGCCUUUUGACUUCAAAAAAGGUUCUGGGCUCAUGAUGAAGGCUUUCAGGGUGGGUUUUGAAGAUAUAUUGCAUCACGCACAGACUGUGGAUAGAAGUUUAGAGGAGAUAGAUUUAGGUUUCCCUCUAGGAAGGCUUAGAAGUAGUAAUAAUACAGCCAUUAGAUUACCAUCUCGAAGUCCAAAUGAGAUUCUUCUGCAGGGUCUUAGAGAAUUCAUUUCUGAAAGACAUGGGUUAUUGGAUGAAGGUUGGCAUGUGGAAUUGAAACAUUCCAUUGCUAAUUAUGAAGUAUAUGCUGUUUAUUGUUCUCCGGAUGGAAAAACAUUUGGUUCAAUGUCUGAGGUUGCUUGUUAUCUUGGGUUGACACCCAAUUGCAAUUCAAUGGACACAGACAAUAGAAGUGAUGGGUCUCCUCUGCAAGAAAGGUUGCGUUUGCCCAAAAGAAGAAAGUCAAAAAGAUCUUCACUUGCCAAUGGUUUUACUGAAAAUAAACAAGCUCUGGUAAAUGGAUAUCACAAGGAGCUCUUGUCCAAUGGUCAAAGUACAGAAAUUGGAGAUUCUAGAUUUGGUAAAGUUGGAGAAGCUGAUGCAGAAGAAGAUGAUAUGGCUAAGUUGCUGCCAUCAGAUGAAGGACUUCCUAUCCAGUUUGAAGAUUUCUUUGUUAUUUCUUUGGGAAAAAUCGACUUGAGACCUUCAUAUCAUGAUGCUCAGCUAAUUUGGCCCAUAGGUUAUAGAUCCUGUUGGCAUGACAAAGUUACUGGGUCACUGUUCGUGUGUGAAGUGUUGGAUGGUGGUGAUUCUGGACCUGUCUUCAAAGUCAGGAGGUUUUCAUGCUCAGUGUUGCCUGUUCCUGAAGGCUCAACUGUUCUAUGCAGAAAAAGCCCUGGCCAAUUUGAUGGUCAAAAGAGCAAAGAGUAUAAUGGUAUGAUUUGCCAGAAUAUGGAUUGUGAUGACGAUGGCACAAUUGAGAUGAUACUUGCAGAUGCUUCCCCACCAACAGAAGAUGAUAUCUUGACUUGUCUGGAUAGUAGUUCAAAUGUGACUUACAGUGUUCAGACUUUAGAGAGAUUGCAAACUAUUUCUCCUUGCAGCAGUUCUGCAGAUCUUUCAUCACACAAUUUGGUGUUGGGAGACGAGAUCGGUGAGAUCUCAGCAGAAGAAUGCUCAUCAUCUUUAGCAUGGAGAAUGGUGUCUCAGAAAUUAAUUGAUGCUUACUCUGAAAUAUGCUAUCGGAAAGGUAUCCUUAAGCUAUACUGCAAACAUGUCAAUAAUGAAAUUGGGUUGCCGGCCUCCAAUGAUGGUAAAGAGAGCCUAGAAAAGUUUGCCUCAUUGGCCAAAUUUUGCAGUUCCCCUGGCUCUUUUGGCAUCCCACUUGAAUAUGAGGGCAAAGUUGACAAUUUAGCUGUUGCUCUGUCUAAAUGGUUGGAUCAGGACAGAUUUGGAUUGGACACUGAUUUUGUGCAAGAAAUCAUAGAGCAGCUUCCGGGUGUUGAUGCCUGUUCAAAGUAUGAAUUUCUGUUUAAUAGAAAUGAUUAUUCUGAAUCCCAAACAGUUGGAAAUGGGAUACUAAUUGCUAAAAGGAAAAAUGAAGCAGAGUUAGAUGAUGUACUUCGAAGAUGCAAAAAACCCAGGCUGGGAAAGGAUUGUGAGCGAGUUGAUCAUUAUCCUCCUCCAGGGAGGUGGUUGGGCUCCAAGCUUCCACCUGUUCUUGUUGGCGACUUAUAUCAGGUAUGGGAGCUACUAUGGCGAUUCCAAGAAAUAUUGGGUUUAAAAGAACCUUUGUUGUUAGGGGAACUUGAAGAAGAACUUAUCAACCCAUGGUUUGAUGUCUCAAAUGUUUCAGCAAAUCUCAAGAAGAAGGUUCCUGGAAGUGAAAUUGUUGAUGCAGAUAAAGUUGAUGGCAUGAAUGGACCAAUCUUAUCUUCAUGUGAAGAGUUAUGUGAGGGCAUUCAGGGGGAUAAUUCUCAUGUAUUGAUACAAGUGGAGAAAGGAGGAACAGAUGAUUCAGCCCAAGAUACACUUGCAUCUUUUUCUUACAGCAGAUUCUCUGGAGUAGCAUUGACGAAGGUUCACAUUUCACUGCUAUCGGUGUUAAUAACUGAGCUGCAAUCAAAGGUUGCUGCACUUGUCGAUCCAAAUUUUGAUUUUGGAGAAUCAAAAUCAAAACGGGGAAGGAGGAAAGAUGUUGACAACUUAAUUCCAUUGAGAAAUAAGCUUAGUAUACUCCCCAUCAAUGAGCUAACUUGGCCUGAAUUAGCCCGGAGAUAUAUCUUGGCUGUCUUAUCCAUGGAUGGUAGCCUUGAUUCUGCCGAUGUUACUGCGCGUGAAAGCAGUAAAAUUUUCCGCUGCCUACAAGGUGAUGGUGGUGUACUUUGUGGCUCACUUGCUGGAGUAGCAGGGAUGGAGGCAGAUGCACUUUUGCUUGCAGAGGCUACAAGGAAAAUUUGUGGUUCUCUGAACAGGGAAAAAGAUCUGCUUACCAUAGAGGAUGAAGUAACUAAUGCAAGUGGUUCUUUUUGUGAAAAGACUAGUGUGAAUGAUGACAAUAUCCCAGAGUGGGCACAGGUGCUGGAACCUGUUAGAAAGCUACCCACCAAUGUGGGGACUAGAAUCAGAAAGUGUGUAUAUGAGGCACUGGAGAAAUGUCCUCCAGAAUGGGCGAAGAAAAGGUUAGAACAUUCCAUUAGUAAGGAAGUCUACAAGGGCAACGCAUCAGGUCCUACCAAGAAAGCAGUUCUUUCAGUGCUAGCAGAUUUAAUGAGUGAAGAGUUGCCUCAGAAAUCAGAGAAGAGAAAUAAAAGGAAGAUUACUGUAUCUGUAUCGGACAUUAUAAUGAAAAAAUGUCGUGCUGUACUCCGUCAAGCUGCUGCAGCUGAUGAUUCUAAGGUUUUCUGCACCUUGCUGGGAAGAAAUCUAAUAAAUACCAGCGACCAUGAUGAUGAGGGACUUCUUGGAUCUCCAGCCAUGGUUUCUCGUCCUCUAGAUUUUAGGACAAUUGAUUUGAGAUUGGCAGUUGGAGCCUAUGGUGGAUCACAUGAAUCUUUUCUUGAGGAUGUUCGAGAGUUAUGGAACAAUGUACGCACUGCAUUUAGAGACCAGCAUGAUUUGGUUGAAUUGGCUGAGACCCUGUCACAAAAUUUUGAAACUUUAUAUGAAAAGGAGGUGGUUACUGUUGUUCAGAAGUUUGAAGAUUAUGCUAAAUUGGAUCAGUUAAGUGCAGAAGAAAAGAAAAACUUAGAUGAUGUUCUUGCAUCAACUAAUGAGAUUCCAAAAGCACCUUGGGAUGAUGGUGUCUGUAAAGUAUGUGGUGUUGAUAAAGAUGACGACAGUGUGCUGUUGUGUGAUACUUGUGAUGCUGAGUAUCAUACUUACUGCCUCAAUCCUCCACUUGCAAGGAUUCCUGAAGGAAAUUGGUAUUGUCCAUCUUGUGUUGGCAACAAUGUGGUUCAAGAGGCAUCAGUAAGUUCUGAGGUCCUUGGCCAAUCGCACAUUAAGAAGUAUCAGGGACAAAUUACCCAUGUUUACUUGGAGACGCUCAUGCAUUUAGCAGUUGCAAUGGGAGAAAAAGAUUAUUGGCAAUUUGGCAUAGAUGAGCGAACCUUUCUUCUUAAGUUCCUUUGUGAUGAAUUACUCAACUCUGCUCUUGUUCGUCAGCACCUUGAGCAGUGCGUGGAAACUACAACUGAAUUACAGCAGAAAUUGCGGGCAUUAUCAGUGGAAUUGAAAAAUCUUAAGUCCAGGGAAGAAUUUCUGGCUGUGAGAACUUCAAAGUUGGAUACUAGUGCAUCUGGAGAAGGAGGGGAAGGACUUGGUUCCGCACCUACAAAUCAGAGUAAUUGUAUGGGAAAGCUACCCAAUUUGAGCGAGAGACCUAAUCAUUUCUGUGCCUGCUCUGAUGAUGUACCUGCAAUAGAUGAUAGUCAAGAGGGGACUGGGAUUUGUGGCUUUGACAAACAUCAUUCUGUAAUGAAUUAUGGGAAAAAGCAUAAUUGUGACAGUCAAACUGUUAAGCCAGUAGAUGCGAAACGUCGAGGGAAAGAUGUGGACAUGGAUGGUUGUAAUAGACCUUAUCAAGAAAAUGAUAGGUCCUCUAGGCCUAGCGAGUUGCCUUUAUCAAAUCAUUUGCAACAAGUAACUGAGCACACGGGUGAAAUUUGCCACCAUAAUAACAUGCAAGAACAUGUUGGGAAAAACUCUUCAACUCCUUUAGAUCAACCAGGACCUUCUCUCUCAUCAGACAUGAAUAUUCAGGGUGUGGAGAAUGUGCCUUCUGUUGCUUUGAAAGAGUCACAAGCAUAUUGUCCUGAGUUGAGCACCAUUAAGGAUGACAUUCUUCAUCUGCAGAAUCUGAUUACCAGCGUAGAAUCACAACUUCUAAAGCAAGCUACGCGGAGGGAGUUUCUGGGCAGUGAUUCUAUAGGUCGUUUGUAUUGGGCUUCUGCUACACCUGCUGGGCAUGCUCGGGUUGUUGCUGAUGGGAGUUUGACAUUGCGGCUCAGAAAAAUAUCAGAUCAUAGGGGCCUAUCAGACAAUGUUUCAAUUUUCAAGCAUUGUGCUUCACUUGGCAUGAACACUUUUUUGGAUUUGGAAGGGUCAAGAGCUUGUUUUCCAUUCAUGUUUAAUCCAAAUGAUAGUAUUCCUACAUGCUCACCAUGGGUUUCAUAUGAAACUGAUUCGGAGAUUGAAGAGCUUAUUGGUUGGUUGGGAGAUAAUGACCAAAUGGAAAGAGAACUGAAAGAGUCUAUUAUCCAAUGGUUAAAGCUACGAUUCCAUGAGACUCAACAAACUAGAAACACGGUUGAAGAAGAACGCCAAGCAGCUUUGCCAAUAGUCAUGAACAAUGACAAAUCUCCAUUUUCUAAUUGUCUUGUUACCAAGGCUGCAUUGUUUCUGGAGAAGAAGUACGGUGCUUGUGUUGAGCGUGAGACCAUUAACAUGUUGAAGAAGAGAGGAAAGAAAGGCAAAGGAACAUGUGAAGAGAAAACAUACCGAUGUGACUGCUUUGAGCUUAUUUGGCCUUCCAGACACCACUGCUCCUCUUGCCAUAGAACUUUCUGCAGUGAUGUUGAAUUUGGAGCACAUAAUGAUGGUAAGUGCUAUAUUGUUCUGUCAUCCCAUGAGAAAAGUGAAGCGACAAAUGAUUCCCUAAAAGCAAAGGGGAAUUUUAAAUCUGACCAAGAAGAGUUUACCGGUGAAAUGGACAAAGUUUGUACUUCUAAAAGUCGUUCUGAGCUCGGCUCAAGGUUGAUUAAAUUUCAGAAUGAACAGACUGAAUGCCCAUAUGACUUCUCAGAGAUAUGUUCCAAGUUUGUGACGAAGGAUUCCAACAAAGAAUUGGUGCAGGGUAUAGGUCUUAUUGGAUCAAAUGGGAUUCCAUCACUUGUCACAUCUGUUUCUUCUUAUCUCAGUGAUACUGUGUUAAUGUUGAUAUCGCCUGAGAUGGAUAUCAGUGUUUGUGAUAAGGUUGAUGAUGCUGGAAGUCUGAUCUUUACUAAAGGAAACAGAAGUGAAAGUAAUGCAGGUCUUCAGAGCUUAUCUGACAAUUCUGCCAAGGAAAUUGCUUCAAAGGAAAUCAAUGAAGUAUUAAAAACUAAUAAGCCACUUUUGGAGUGCAUGAAACAGAGAGGGAGAAAGUCCUCUUCAGAUAAAUAUAUUCCUGAAAUAGUUUCCGGUUGCUGCUGUGUAGUCCCACAGUCUUCUUUAAGGCCAUUAGUUGGGAAAGUAUCAUGUAUCUUAAGGCAAUUAAAGAUCAAUUUGCUUGACAUGGAAGCUGCACUUCCUGAAGAAGCCUUGAGACCAUCAAAGGGGCAGUUGGAAAAGAGGUGGGCCUGGCGUGCUUAUGUUAAAUCUGCAGAGUCAAUAUAUCAGAUGGUCCAAGCAACCAUUGUGUUGGAGGAGAUGAUUAAGACAGAGUAUUUGCGAAACGAGUGGUGGUAUUGGUCAUCACUUUCUGCUGCUGCCAAAACUUCUACAGUUUCUUCCCUUGCCCUGCGUAUAUACUCCCUUGAUGCUUCCAUUGUUUAUGAGAAGACAUUAUCCAAUUCAGAUCCAAGUGAGAAUUUGAGGUCCUGCAGCAUAUCAAGCCAGAAGCCAUUGCCUGGUUUGCAUUCAGUAGAAAAAUGCAAGGCAGGCAGGAAGUCUAACAAGAAAAGAAAGGAACCAGAAGGUUGACCUGAGCCAUUUGAUGCCAAAAUCUGUGAGGAGAUUUGGCCUGGGUGUAAGUGAACCUGGAGACUUGGAAGGUGGCAGCUGGACUUUUGAUUUGGACCUGGCAGCCCUGUUAACACCGGUCGAAUUUGAUAGAUUUGGCUUAUGUACCGCUGCUGCCAAUUGUGCUGCUUCUGGUUCUUGUGCAUGUACAUAGAUAAAACUGACAUGCUAACUCAUAUGGUGGAUUGUGAAGCAGGGCCUAUGGAAUUGUCUGUCACCAGCGUUGGAGGCAAGGACUAGCGGAUGAAGCAUUUGCCAAAUUUUGGAAUGAUUUUGCUGCAGCUUUCAGUUUGUUGCUCAGAAGAUUAAAUCAGAAAAUGGUUUUCUCGCAAAGAGCAGUAUCCAUAUAAAUACACAGAGGAUUGAUGUAAAAUAGGGAGUAAAUAAGAAAAGGAAAAGAAAAAAAAUGAAAGUAUUUAAAAUUGAGUAGGCGUAGGCAAUAUUUCAUUCUUUACAGAUCUCCAUCUUCUCUCUCUUGUAUUUCACAGUAUACGGUAGAAUAAAAUUCUUGCAUUUUGAUUUUGCGUUUA